UGGGCCAAUCUGCGGCACUGACAGCGACAGCAGGAGGAAGACCCGCCCCCCGCCUCCGGUCCAACCGAAGCGCGCCGGAGAAGAACCGAGCGAACCCGUCCGUGCUUCGCUGUCCCGCUCCAACAGCAGCAACAUGGAUACAGAGUUGUUUAUGGAGUGCGAGGAGGAGGAGCUGGAGCCAUGGCAACAGGUGGACGACAGCGUGGAGGAAGACGAGAUGGACUUCGUCGACAACUACGGCGAGCCAGUGGAGGAUUCUCUGUCUCCUCUUCCGGCCUCUGAGACUCCGCCCCCCGGGAUUCCCCCGUCCAUCACACCUGCUCAAACAGUGUCUCCUCCCGUACGGACCGUCUCCUCUGUGAUGCCUCCUCCUCCCUCCAUCGUCACCUCCUCCUCGCUCUCUCACCCCCCGUCGCCUGCCUCCGCGGCCCCGCCCCUCAUGGCUCAGGCCCAGCCCCUCAUCCUGACGCAGACAGCAAGCGGAACCUUCCUCCUACCAGCAGCCCCUGGGGGAGGUGGUCGCCAGCCCUUCCUCCUCACCACGCAGGGUUUCCCGAUGAUGAACCACGGCACCCCCUGCUGCUGAACCUGCAGCGGGGUCAGACGGUCCAGCCGCUCACCCUGAUCCAGUCCUCGUCUCUGGGUCAGUUGGUACGGCCCAGUGUGGGCGUAUCCUCUGUCAUCCACCAGGGCCAGGCGGUCCAGACCAGACCAGGCCC